AAACCAAAGGACUACACGCGUUUAUUCCACUGCAUAAAUACAGGGAGAAUAGGGAUAAUGCACUUCUGGUUUGUGCAAUGGACAGAAUUUUGUAAAAGGUUACUAAACCAAUUGUAUAUAGUCUUAUGAUCCAUCUCCUCUUUCUACAGUAUAUCCCCCUCCUCUCUCUUACCAUCUCUCCCUCUUACAGAAGAGACAAGCUGUAAUACCAACCCCACGCGCACACAUCGUUCACGCAGACGCUCCUGUUCUCCAGUGACCUCAAGCAGAAGCUGUUGCGGCGGCUGCAAAGUAAAAUCCGAACUUCGCGCUGAACACAGCAAGCAGCGAGCUCCUAGAGAAACAAUCAAGCUAUUGUUGUUGCGCCUGCAUAAACUCGGCGAAGGGCGACGACAGCUCCAGACCUUAUCGGAGUAGCAUACAUCUGGAAUAAAACAGGACCAUAACAUAACAUCAACGUUAUUUCAAAGUGAUUUGCAGUUCCAAGGCUCUUCUUUCUCAUGACCUGGUGACCCGGAAUUAAUUCAACAGCAGGGGCAACACACUCCACGUACUAGACCAGCUGUCGAGAAGAGACCUGACUGACGAGAUGACAGAAGUGUUGAACACCUGCGAUUCGACGGUGGCGGACUUCGGCGUUGGAGGCGCCUCCGGAGACGAGGGUAUAUCCAUUCAGAUCUUUCCAGACUCCCACGAGCGGAUCCCCAAGCUGUCCAAGCGGCUUCCGUCAAUCGUGGUGGAGCCAACCGAGAGUGGCGAGGUGGAGAGUGGCGAGCUCCGCUGGCCCCCUGAUGACCUCACCUCCCCUAAUGACAACCCUGGACAGUCCCAGGCAGUAGGCAAGGAUCUUUCAGCAGAGGAAGAGCAAGUUGACAGAAUAAUGGGAGGAGUUUAAGACUGGCUCUUGCAGUGCUGGCGCCAUUCCAGCCAUUCACUGUGAGUGUCUCUAUGAAGGACAGCAGCAAGGAGGAGGGUCUUCAGGCAGGGCCCCACCCUUAAUCAACUACAGUAGAACCGCCGCCAUGUCGGUAGACUUCCACACCACUUGGUGGGGUUGUGCCCUGUGCGAUUGUCUUAAAUACAGGGGUUGCAAAAUAUUGGUAACCUUCCCAAAAUUGGUAAGCAUUUGUGAUCACAGGAAAUCCGAAAUCCUGAGGAUUUGGGGGAAAUGAGGGAAUGUAAGGAAAGUUCCCGGAAUUUUGCAACCCUACUUGAAUAGCUCAUACGUGCCAAACUCUAGUGGGUAGCUUGCUACUGUAGAUUAAUUUGUUGCUUGUUUUACUUUUUUAGGUUUCACAACAACAUUUUUAUGCACACACACCUUUCAGAGUUUGUUUAUCUGUGAUAUCUAGAUAUAGUUAAUAAACAUUUCUGUAAAUAAAAUGUUAAUGUAUCAGGCUGCCUUAGACCAAAGUCUACAACACUGUUCUAUGAUCAAUACAAUAUGUACACUGUAGAUAGUGACUCUCUAAUCUAGUUAACAGCCCUGUACACCUCCACCUGUUACAACAAGAAAUCAAAGUAGGCUUUUUGCCACUGAUCAACACAAAAAAAAGUAAUUGAACAAGAAAAUUUAGAAAUUGUUGUAAAUUAUUGACAAAUACAAAACAGAAAAGAAUGCUUUGAUUAGAUAAGUAUUCACCACCUGGUAAUAUUUGGUAUAGGCACCUUUAGCAGCUAUGACACCCUUGGAUAUAUUUGGGUAAGUCUCUACCAGCUUUGCACAUCUGGACACCCAUUUUUCUUAGCAAAAUUGUUCAAGUUGGAUGGACAUUUUUGGUGAAGAGCAACACUCUUUAUACAUAUGUCCACUCUAGGACAUUAAUCUUUUUGUUUUUAAGCCACUACGGUGUAUACAUUUGAAAUCAUUGUCCUACCAGAAGAUUAACCUUCUACCAGGUCUCUUGUAGAUGUCAGCAGGUUUUCUUUCCACAGGUUCUCUUCUCUGUACUUUGCGGCAUACAUUUUGGCCUCUGUCAUCACAAGUAUUCCUGAUACAGACAUGCAUCCCCACAGCAUGAUGCUGCCACCACCAUUCUCCACGGAAUUGUGUUCUCAGGAUGGUGUGCGGUGUUAGGCUUGCGCCAAACAAAGCUCUUAGCGUAGAGGCCAUAAUAUAUUCUUCCACCUGGUCUCAGAGCCUCCCAUAUGCCUUCUGGCAAACUCUAUCCAAGAUUUGAUGAUGAUUUGAUGAGUUUUCUUUUUCAACAAUGGCUUUUUUUUUUUACCAUUCUCCAAUGCAGGUCAUUUUUGUGAUGUACCCAGGCUGUUGUUGCAGUAUGCACAGUGUCUCCCAGCUCAGCCGUGGAAGACAGUAACUCUUUUAGAGUUGCCAUUGGCUCUUGGUGUCAUCCCUGACUAGUUCCCAUCUCGCCCAGAUACUGUUUUUAUCUUACCCCUAAAUUGUGCUUUUAAAGAACUUCAUUCUGGAUAUGCUUUGAAUGUUCUUUGUCUUCACAAUUUAUUUUAAUACCGUACUAAACAACUGUGGUACCUCCAAGAGACAGUUAUUUUUAAUUUGACUUCUAAAGACAACUGGUUGCACCACAGCUGAUUUGUGUCACAGGAGAGGGGGUAAAUAUAUUUCUGUUUAAUAUUUUGUAAGUAAUUUAGAAAUAUUUGGCGUUUACAUUUUUUACUUUGACUUUUGUGAAUUUCAGUGGCAAAAACUCCCAAUUAAAUGCAUUUAGAUUUUGUGGUCACGUCCACGGGGGGUGAAUACUUCUGAGAGCCACUGUAUAUAGAUAAAUCGUGAGUUUUGGAGGUGACAAUAAGAAUGCGGCUUACUGUAUUGCUCUCAGUUAUGUUUUGUGCUCAAAUGCUUAUUAGUAUCUAUACUGUAUGUUAGCAGUAGUACCCUAUUAUAAUGUAAUUUUUUUCUUUCAUAGAAUAAGCUUUGAAGCAUCAUUAUGGUUGAUGACGCAGCACAAGCAUUUUCAAUGUAGGAUUUUUUGAGAAGACAACUCUCCCCUCACCCGAAAUGUUUUUAUUUUUGCCCAAUUUCAUAGCGCACCUGUGGUUGUGAUUCUUCAUUAUACUAUUUUAGUUAGGAGUUUCAGAUAUUUUAGUUCAAGUGAAAUAAUUCACAUCCUUCUACCCAAAAAAAACUUGUUAAUGUCCUGGAUGCUUUUGGAAAACUGUAACUUAACCGUUCCUCUGUAAAUUAAUUGCUUCAUAUGCAUAACGUAUAUACUAAAGCACUUUAGAAAUUCCCCAGAAGUGACCUGUUCCUUAAUUGCUUUCUCAUUCAAAUGGAAUAUGUUCAAACCUUUUGAAACGGUUGUCAUCAACAGUCUUGAAUCACAUGAGAAUGUGCAGGAUACUGACCAAUGACAGCAUGGUUGCUCAAGCACAAGUAAGUUCCGUCUGUGUAGCGGAACAUCAAGCUAGGACCAAAAAGGCUCCGCUUAUGCCAACUAACUACACCGUUAUGAAACAAGGCAGUGGUCAUUAGAAACACAUCGAAUGCCCAAAACCUGUAACAAUACGUUUUUAUUAGCUGUAGCUGGAUGGUUGACAUCAUAAAAAAACAUUUAAUUUUGUGUUUUCCGUUUCAUCAUAAAUAACAAUAAUAAUAAUAAUAAUACAGUUGUUCUCAAAAGUACUCACCUCCCUUGGACUUCUCCACAUUUUACUAUGUUACAGUGUGAAAUCGCAAAUUAAUUUCAUUAACCUUCUAAUUAAAUCUAUUUGAUUUCAGGUGGUUAAACGAUGAAAUGUCCACGGCUGGGUGAACACUUUCGAGAGCUACUGUGUAACUGUGGGUUUAGGAAAGUCAUAUUCAAUGUUUGUGUGUAGCUGCUGCUGCACAUAAAGUAACUGCGGUAUACAGUAGAUGCCUUCUUCCCCACUGCGUAGAGUAGCUAUAAUGCAUCUUAACUGAACCGUGAAACAGUAAUAACACUAUUGUUACAAGUUGAAAUAAUAACAACAUUGUAGUGUUUAUAUGACUCAGUGUGUACAAUACAAUAAUCUAUGUUGCCAUUUCUAUGUCAUUGAGGUGACGAUAAUUGGUUUCUUAUUGUAGAAAAAUACGACUGUUGGUGUACAGAACGUGAACACGUCAUUGGCCUCUGUACUCUAUUAAAAUACAUGUUUGUUCAUUACUUUUAAUCUUGAUUGAAACGUGUCAUGAAUCUAGUUUGGCCUAUUUACGAAGUUAAUCUGCUGUUGUGGACCUUAAGGCCAAUGUCAAUAUAUUCAAUGUGGAUAUUGUACGUAGGACACCUAGCAAUUUAUAAUAAAUGCCUAAGAAAAUA